UGAUACUGGGACUUGAACUUAGGGUCCCUCGCCUGUUAGGGCUGGCGUUGUACCACUCGAGCCACGCCCCCCACAGGUGUGUUUUCUAAUGCCCCGCCCCACUGGCAGGUAGAAACUACACGCCGGUAACGAGCCUGCUUCGCCGCAUAGCUUCAGGGGGCAGAAGACUACGAGUCCCAGAAUCCCCUUCGUUCCCCGGAUGAAGCUUUCCCCUCGGGCCUUGCAACUCCCACGGCGUGGAAGACCGAGCGUGCGCACAGAAGAGAGUGCGCACGCGCUCUCGUCUAACUCCCUCGCGCGAGGAAGACUGAGCAUGCGCCGCGGCCCCACGCAGCCCGAAGACUACACCUCCCGGCAGGCCGCGGGGCAGUCUCGUGGAAAGGGAGGGUGUGGGGAGAAGGGAAGCCCUCGUGACGAGCGACUUCCGGCGUGGAGGGGCGGGGUCGUGCGCGCGGCUGAGGCAGCACACACCCCGCGGCGAGGAGGGCGGCCGAGCGGCCUGCUCGGCGCCGGGAAGCCGCCAUGGAGGCCGUCCCUCGGAUGCCCAUGAUCUGGCUCGACCUCAAGGAGGCCGGCGACUUCCACUUCCAGCCUGCCGUGAAGAAGUUUGUCCUGAAGAAUUAUGGAGAGAACCCAGAAGCCUACAAUGAAGAGCUGAAGAAGUUGGAAUUGCUCAGACAGAACGCCGUGCGCGUCCCCCGCGACUUCGAGGGCUGCAGCGUGCUGCGCAAGUACCUGGGCCAGCUCCACUACCUGCAGAGCCGCGUGCCCAUGGGCGCGGGCCAGGAGGCCGCCGUGCCCGUCACCUGGACGGAGAUCUUCUCGGGCAAGUCCGUGGCCCACGAGGACAUGAAGUACGAGCAGGCCUGCAUCCUCUACAACCUCGGCGCGCUGCACUCCAUGCUGGGGGCCAUGGACAAGCGGGUGUCGGAGGAGGGCAUGAAGGUCUCCUGCACCCACUUCCAGUGCGCGGCGGGCGCCUUCGCCUACCUGCGCGAGCACUUCCCGCAGGCCUACAGCGUGGACAUGAGCCGCCAGGUCCUCACGCUCAACCUCAACCUCAUGCUGGGCCAGGCGCAGGAGUGCCUGCUGGAGAAGUCCAUGCUGGACAACCGCAAGAGCUUCCUCGUGGCCCGCAUCAGCGCGCAGGUGGUGGAUUACUACAAGGAGGCCUGCCGGGCCCUGGAGAGCCCGGACACCGCCGCGCUGCUGGGCCGCAUCCAGAAGGACUGGAAGAAGCUGGUGCAGAUGAAGAUCUACUACUUCGCCGCUGUGGCGCACCUGCACAUGGGGAAGCAGGCUGAGGAGCAGCAGAAGUUCGGGGAGCAGGUGGCCUACUUCCAGAGCGCCCUGGACAAGCUCAACGAAGCCAUCAAGCUGGCCAAGGGCCAGCCCGACGCCAUACAGGAUGCGCUGCGCUUCGCCAUGGACGUCAUCGGGGGAAAGUACAACUGUGCCAAGAAGGACAACGACUUCAUCUACCACGAGGCCGUGCCCGCGCUGGACACGCUGCAGCCCGUGAAAGGAGCCCCCUUGGUGAAGCCCCUGCCGGUGAACCCCACCGACCCGGCUGUGACGGGGCCCGACAUCUUUGCCAAACUGGUGCCCAUGGCCGCCCACGAGGCGUCCUCGCUCUACAGCGAGGAGAAGGCCAAGCUGCUUCGGGAGAUGAUGGCCAAGAUCGAGGACAAGAACGAGGUUCUGGACCAGUUCAUGGACUCGAUGCAGCUGGCCCCGGAGACGGUGGACAACCUGGACGCGUACGCGCACAUCCCGCCGGCGCUCAUGGAGAAGUGCGCGGCGCUCAGCGUGCGGCCCGACACCGUCAAGAACCUGGUGCAGUCCAUGCAAGUGCUGUCGGGCGUGUUCACGGACGUGGAGGCCUCGCUGAAGGACGUCAAGGACCUGCUAGACGAGGACGAGCGGCAGGAGCAGAAGCUGCAGGAGGCGCUGGGCCCGGCGGCGGCCACGGCCACGGCCACGGCCCCCCGCGGGGGGAAGGCGGAGCUGGCCGAGGUGCGGCGCGAGUGGGCCAAGUACAUGGAGGUGCACGAGAAGGCGUCCUUCACCAACAGCGAGCUGCACCGCGCCAUGAACCUGCACGUGGGGAACCUGCGGCUGCUCAGCGGGCCGCUCGAGCAGGUGCGGGCGGCGCUGCCCUCGCCGGCGCUGACCCCAGAGGACAAGGCGGUGCUGCAGAACCUGAAGCGCAUCCUGGCCAAGGUGCAGGAGAUGCGGGACCAGCGCGUGUCCCUGGAGCAGCAGCUGCGCGAGCUGAUCCACAAGGACGACAUCACAGCCGCGCUCGUCACCACCGACCACUCGGAGAUGAAGAAGCUGUUCGAGGAGCAGCUGAAGAAGUACGACCAGCUGCGGGUCUACCUGGAGCAGAACCUGGCGGCCCAGGACAACGUGCUGCGCGCGCUCACCGAGGCCCACGAGCAGUACGCGGCCGUGCGCCGGGCGCUCGGCGACCUGGACCACAAGUGGAACUCCACGCUGCAGACGCUGGUGGCCUCGUACGAGGCCUACGAGGACCUGAUGAAGAAGUCGCAGGAGGGCAAGGACUUCUACGCCGACCUGGAGAGCAAGGUGGCCGCCCUGCUGGAGCGCGCGCAGGGCGCGUGCCGGGCGCGCGAGGCCGCCCGCCAGCAGCUGCUCGACAGGGAGCUGAAGAAGAAGCCGCCGCCGCGGCCCACGGCGCCCAAGCCGCUGCUGGCGCGCAGGGAGGACGGGGAGCCGGGCGAGCCCGGGGAGCCGGCUGAGGAGCUGCGCGGCCUGCCCCCCGACAUGGCCACCGGCCCGCGCCCGCCCGACCCCUUCCUGGGGGCCGCCGCCCCGCUCUCCUUCCCUCCCAGCCCCUUCCCGGGCUCGGCCGGCCCCGCGCCCCACUACCUCCCAGGCCCCGCACCCCCCGGCCCCUACCCCGGGCCCCUGGUGCCCCCGGCGGUGCCCAUGGCACCCGCGCCCGCGCUCUACCCCGCCCCGGCCCCCGCCUACGGCCCCGAGCUGGGCCUGGCGCCGCGGUCCUCCCCGCAGCACGUGGCGGUGAGCAGCGUCUACGGGGGCGUGCGGGCCCCCGCCCCGGCUGCCGGGCUCCCCUCCGCCCCGCCGCCCCAUUACCCAGGCCCCGAGCUGGCCAUGGCCCUGCGGCCGGCGACCACCACGGUGGACAGCGUGCAGGCGCCCAUCCUGAGCCACCCCGCGCCCGGCCCGAGCCCCGCGGCGCCCCCGCAGCCCCGAUACCCCGCGCCCUACACCUACCCGCUGGGGGCCAAGCCGCCGGGCGCCGCGCCCCACUACCCAGCCGCCCUGCCGGCCGGCUUCCCCGCGCCCCGGGCCGCGCCGCCCCCUCCGCAGGCCGCCUUCCCGCCCCAGCCGCCCCUCCCGUACCAGCACCCGCACCUCUUCCCGGCCCCGGUCCACGCGGCGGGCGGCCUCCCGCCCCAGCCUCCCUACCGCUUCCCCCCGCAGCCGCCCGUCCAUCCCCAGCUCGUCUACCCGGGCCCGGCCCCGACGCCGGACCCGCACCCCUUCCCCAGCCCCGCGCCCCGGCAGGCCCCGCUGCCCUACUGCCCCGCGCCGGCGCCCCGGGCCCCCGCGCCCCCCGCCGCCCCGCUGCCCAUGCGCGGGCCCCCGCCGGCCGCCCCGCCCGGCCCCGCGCCCCGCCACGUGCCUUCCCCCGCGCCCUCACCCGGCCCCACGCCCGGGCCCGCCCGGACCCCCGCACCCGAGCCGCCGCCGUGCGCGCGCCGGGGCCCCGCGGCCGCCGACCUGCUGUCGUCCAGCCCCGAGAGCCAGCACGGCGGGGCGCCGCCGCCGGGCGCCGGGCAGCCGCUGCUGCAGCCCACCAAGGUGGACGCGGCCGAGGGCCGGCGGCCGCAGGCGCUGCGCCUCAUCGAGCGCGACCCCUACGAGCGGCCCGAGCGGCUGCGGCGGCUGCGGGCCGAGCUGGAGGCGGCGCGCGGGCAGCUGGCAGACGCGGCCGCGCUGGACGCCGCGUGGCGCGAGCUGCAGGAGGCGCAGGAGGCGGACGCGCGCGGCCGCUCCAUCGCCAUCGCGCGCUGCUACUCGCUCAAGAACCGGCACCCGGACGUGAUGCCCUACGACGGCAACCGCGUGGUGCUGCGCUCGGGCAAGGACGACUACAUCAACGCCAGCCGCGUGGAGGGGCUCUCGCCCUACUGCCCGCCGCUCGUGGCCACGCAGGCGCCGCUGCCCGGCACCGCCGCCGACUUCUGGCUCAUGGUGCACGAGCUGCGCGCGGCCGUCAUCGUCAUGCUCGUGUCCGAGGCGGAGAUGGAGAAGCAAAAGGUGGCCCGCUACUUCCCCACGGAGCGCGGGCAGCCCGUGGUGCACGGCGCGCUGCGCGUGGCGCUGAGCAGCGUGCGCGUCACCGACACGCACGUGGAGCGCGUGCUGAGCCUGCAGUUCCGCGACCAGAGCCUCACGCGCUCGCUGGUGCACCUCCACUUCCCCACGUGGCCCGAGCUAGGCCUCCCCGACAGCCCGGGACACCUGCUGCGCUUCAUCCAGGAGGUGCACGCGCACUGCCUGCACCAGCGGCCGCUGCACACGCCCGUGGUGGUGCACUGCAGCUCCGGCGUCGGCCGCACCGGGGCCUUCGCGCUCCUCUACGCCGCGGUGCAGGAGGUGGAGGCCGGCAACGGCAUCCCGCAGCUGCCGCAGCUGGUGCGGCGCAUGCGCCAGCAGCGGAAGCACAUGCUGCAGGAGAAGCUGCACCUCCGGUUCUGUCACGAGGCGCUGGUGAGGCACGUGGAGCAGGUGCUGCAGCGCCACGGCGUGCCCCCGCCCUGCAGGCCCGCGCCCGGCGCCGGCGGCGGCCACAAGAGCCCCCUCCCGCAGGACGCGCAGGACCUGGUCCUCGGCGGCGACGUGCCCAUCAGCUCCAUCCAGGCCACCAUCGCCAAGCUCAGCAUCCGGCCCGCGGGCAGCGUGGACGCCCCGCCCGCCGGCCCGCCCGGCCCCGCCGAGCCUCCAGCUCCCCCCGCCGCCAGCCUCCCCGAGGCCGCCCCGGCGCCGCCCUCGCCCCCGCCGCCAUCCCCGCUGCCCGAGCUCCCCCAGCCCGAGGAGGAGCCGCCGCGGCCCGAGACGCCCAGCGCGGCGCCGCCCUCCUCCUCGUCGUCCUCGCUGGAGCUGCUGGCCUCGCUCACGCCCGAGGCCUUCUCCCUGGACGGCUCCGGGCGCGGGAAGCCGCGCAUGAGCAAGCACCACUUCCUGCAGGCCCCCGACGGCCAGGGCCUGCGGGCGGCCGCGCCCUCCGACGACCCGCUCAGCCUCCUGGACCCGCUGUGGACGCUCAACAAGACCUGACGCCCGCGCCCCGCGCCCGCC